AUGUUUAUCGACCUAGAUCGAUUGUUUUAUCGAGUGCGAUAUUGGGGAAUCUCUGUGAGUCUUCCGAAAAGUAAGUUUGGUAAGAGACCUAUUUCGUACUUAUCACCUGAAAUUGGAGCUGAAGGAAUCAGAGCCAAACCUAAGCUUGCGGAGGGUGUCAAGAAACUGCCGUUCCCAACUACUCUCAAAGGUAUACAAUCAUUUCUGGGAAGCCUCAACUACUACAACAAGUUCAUAAAAGAUCUCUUAGAAGUUGCAGCUGUCAAGUAUGAAUUAACAGACGAGCAGAUUCGAAUGGGUAAAAACAUGGAACCUGCAAAGGAAGCUUUCGAAAUUCUCAAGCAGAAAAUUGUCUCCACUCCGCUAUUGAGACAUCCAGACAGGAAGAAACCAUUCAUUAUCAUCCUACACGCAAAUCCUUGGGCAAUGAGAACGGUGUUGGCCAAGAAUACGAUGGAAAGAUAUAUACGGUUCGAUUCACUGGCAGGAUACUGCACGAUCAAGAAAUGCAAUAUCACCCGGCAGAGAAGGAAACAGUGGAAUUUCUCAGAGUUCUCAGAGUAUUCUAUCCUACAACGCCACCUUGAAGGUGUAUACGCGCUAAUCGGUUCUGGGAUGUCCUUAGAAGGCCGUUGUGAGCAAUGGGCAGCCAGGUUGGCACUCUGGCCGCUGGAAGUGCACAACAUCCAGAAUGACGAGGACGGAUUAGCGUCAAUUCUGGGAGCCGGAUUUACUCUGCGUGACAAACUCGAUCAAAUUGCGGAGAAUCCCAUCCUAACGAAAGGUCAAGUAGUCAGAGCUCCUCCUAUUAGCCUCAAGAUGCUGGAGUCUGACGACGAAGGUUGGCUCCUCAGUUUUGACGGUUCAGCUAGGACUUCGGAUCGAUUAGGAAGUUCUGGGUGUAUUCUAUGA